AUGAUAGCAGCUCCAUGGUAUUGUGAUAACUGUGGCCGAGCUAAUGGUAUUACUCGGUAUACAUCACGUUCACAUAUAACGCAUCCAAAUCAUACAUUUCAAUUAGUUCAACAAGCAGGUAAUGUUGCUUACACGCCAACUUGGACAGUAUCAUCAAAUCCACAAUGGCCGAGUUAUUAUUAUACAUAUCAAAAUCAACAACAACCGUCAUGGAAAGUAACAUAUGAAUAUAAGACUAUUUAA